GCUGCUGUUCGCAGUCCGCUCUCUUCGGUCCUGUUUCUCCCUGCCUGUCCAUAUGCACGUCUCCAGAGAGCGUGGGUUCGUACAGAGGCUGCUACUCGGCGUGCUUUGCGCUGCAGGUGGGCUUCUCCACGAGAAUAACGCCUUCUAUCACCCGGCCGCUCUCGGGUCGAUACAUCGAACAGAACAUGUCCGGAGCACUACCUUUCCCAGCAGCAGCAGCAGCAGACGGGGCGGGGGAAGCAGCGGCGGGGGAAGCAGCCCAGGGGCACGGGUGAGGGUUCAGCGUGACCGCCGCACGCGGCUGUUCGAGAGCAUCCGCGGCAACCGGGAGAAGAUCGGGCGAGCGAUGAACAGUCUGCGCGAUGCGAUGAGGUCGGGCGAUGAGGAGCUAGUCGAGAGACUGAAGGCCUUCAUCAUGCACCUCCGGAAGCGUGACCCCCAGUUCGCUACGCAGGACGCGAUGGACGAAGCCCUUGAACAGGGCCUGUUCUCCACGGCCGCCAAGCUCAAGCUCAAGCUGGAAGAUAUCAAACAGAACCCGUUCCGACAUAGCCUUUUGGACGUUUCGGAGGAUGGCGGCGGCGGCGGCGGCGGCGGCGGGAGCAACAGCGAUGGCGGGGACACGUCGGAGGACAUGAGCUGGGGUUUCGACCAGACAUUCUUCGGGGAGGAGGGGGACAACAUCGACGACGACCCAGACGACUACGACAACAUAUGAGGACAGGACACCGCCCGUCUACACGCCGAGGGAGGGCUCUUGCGGGCGGUGGCUGUUCCGAUCAGCAGAGCUUUCUCGUUGUGGCUGUCGCAAAAUAAGCAGGUGUUUGAUAAACCUGAGUGGUUGUUUGCCUUGAAGGAUAGAGCUGCUGGCGGCCUCCGUUUUUCAACACCUGCCUCACCCCCGUCAAGAAAUCCAUUUCCGGCUUAACACCGAGAGAAUAUUCGUUAGGGUUACUCCGCCAAGCGCUCCUCGAGAAAAGCGAUUAUGCCGAUAAUCAUGUAGAGAAUUUUCGUAGGGCUACUACCGGGCUCCCUGAAGAAAACGAUUGCCGAUAACUAUCGAGACGUGGUAUGCUCGACGCCUCGCAGGGUUUCGACAAGUUUUUUUUUCGCUUUUCGAGGGGGGGGGGUGAGGGAGGUAAGAGAUGUAGCCCGAGGAUGAUUGGUUAUAGACCGACCCUCCACGACUGCUUCGGCGGGAACUGCCUUAACGAGGAUUUUAUUUUUCAUCUAUGACAGGUAUAUAUAUAUAUAUAUAUAGUCCAUCCAAGACAAUUCGUCCAAUGACGGUUUGUGCGAUAACUUUCGAAAAAAAUCGAAUAGAAACUUGAAACAACUUUGGCCGUGACGGCGGCGUCGAGUUGCGUCGAUAUCCGGUGAGCUUUUUUAAUUCGGGUGUUUCGCGACAUUUCGGCCCAAAAUGAUCCACGGUGCCCCCCUAACCCCCCAUACCCUCAUCAUAUCAUGUCACGGAACCCCCUAUACCCCCCUAGCCCCCUACAACACUUUAACCUAUACAGUCAUCCCCGCUUUAAAGACACUCUUCUUAAGGAAACUCCCCGCUAUAAAGACACAUUUUUCCCCAGAACAUGGUGCCCCGCAGAUGUACAAUAAUAUAGGGGGGUAGCGUUUCCACUAUGCGGCCGCCCCCCAAAAUUUUGCUGGGGCAGCAAAUCUGUAAGGCAUUGUAACAUCGACAGCGGUCUGCUGCAGCCCGCACUACUGCGUGUGGGUAUGGAGAGAUUCCUCCCAUCUGCUGGCGGGUCGUCAGCUGCCGGCUUGAGGCCAUGUGGCGAACCCACGUGCCAGCAAAAGUCUCAACUCGUG